UAGCACAAACAUGGACACAAAUGAUUCAUCACUCAACUCAACAUCCACCCUGACCCAGCUGCCUCUCAAUACCACAGCAUUCAUAAACAGCACGGUAAAAUCCUUCAGUGUGUUUGAUGGGUGCGAAAACCUGAUAGAGGCCAUUUUCUUUGACCUGGCCAUGCAGUGCAUCAAUGUAAUUGUGGGUAUCCCGGCCAACUUACUCGUCAUUGCUAUUCUCAUCCACAAUCGCAAAGAGCCCUCCACUUCAGACAUAUUCUUGGGCUGCUUGGCCUUCAUGGAUGCCUACUUUGGUGCAAUGACCCCCCUGAGCUUUCUUAAUCUCUACCUCUGGAAAGAUGCAAUGCACCCCAUGAAAAAGAAGGCCUUCAAGAUGGUGCUCUCUAUCCUGUGUAUCAUCGUGUUCAACUACCUGCCACUUGUUGCUCUGUUUCCAUUUGAGGACUACUACUCCCCUCAUGUGUUUCGCUGCUACGUGCAGCCCACGGGUUUUGCCUUUCUGAACAUCAGCAGUACAAUCCAGCCCCUUGUCUAUUUGUCUCGUCUAGAGAAGGUGCCUUUCCUCUCUGACGCCUGCAUUAAAAAGAUUACUUCCUGUUUCAACCCAGAGAAGAACCAGAAUCCACAGGAGCAAAACCCACCUGCUUAGAUUCACAAAAUAUAAAAA